AUGUACCGGGGGAAGUUCAACAUCCUCAUCGCCAAGUACCCGCAGACGGAGAAGUACACCCGUGUGGCAUACGACGACCGCGCACGGUGGGCGGAACACGUGUCGCCUCUGGCAUUCUCUGUGGGUUUGAGGACGACAUCAAGAGUUGAAGUGCAUACCAAGGGUAUAUCUACUCUAGUUGCUGCGAAUGGUUACCACCUCUUCGAAACUUGUGGCUUUUGUUCGGAUGAUGUUGUUCCAGCAUUGAUGAACGGCCAUCCGGGGUUCACGAAGGAGCCGUCAUGCGGGAAAGACGGCAGCAAGAAGGCGGAGGUCUGCUCUCAGCACGUACAACGCGGCAUGAUCAACCUCGUGAGCAAGAAGUGGGGCCAUAGAGGUUUCAAACGUGGCGGGCCUAUGGAAACGACGGCAGCAAGCCGGAGGUCUGCUCUCAGCACAGCGAGGGAGGAAUGGCGAUGUCCGGCAUGCGGCAUGCGGAUCGCCAGGAAUAGCACUAAGACGUGUUGCCGCAUGUGUGGUCUCGUUCCGUUCCGAAAGGUCUUUGUGUGGUUAGGGGUCCGUUAUGAUUGA